GCCUCGAUCUCUCUCUUGGAAUAAUCUUUUGAUCCAUCCCGCAGCCAUCUUAGAGCCCAUCCCAUCCCCCUCCUCCAAAAACUCCAUGGGCACGGCUGCUUCCCCAGAAAAACUGUCCACCCCCCUGGUACCCUCAGACGAUGACAACCCUCUCCCGCCGUCGACGCCAUCGAUGGCCGCCGGCGACGUCGACGAUCCCCACGGCUCGAGCGGCCGCCUCGAGGGGAUCCUCACCGACACGUCGGUCCCGUGGACCCGCCGCCUUCUGCUCGCUACCGUCAUUGAGAUGAAGCUGCUCGUCCACCUCGCCGCCCCCGCCGUGAUGGUCUACAUGCUCAACUACGUCAUGUCCAUGGCCACGCAGAUCUUCUCCGGCCACCUUGGCAACCUCGAGCUCGCCGCCUCCUCCCUCGGCAACAACGGCAUCCAAGUCUUCGCCUACGGCCUCAUGCUUGGCAUGGGCAGCGCAGUCGAGACGCUCUGCGGCCAGGCGUUCGGCGCGCACAAGUACGAGAUGCUCGGAGUAUACCUUCAGCGGUCGACAGUACUCCUGGUGGCGACCGGCGUGCCGCUCGCGGUGAUCUACGGCUUCUCCCGGCCGAUCUUGGUACUCAUGGGGCAGUCGCCGGAGAUUGCGACAGCUGCUUCGGUGUUCGUCUACGGGCUAAUUCCGCAGAUAUUUGCAUACGCCGCCAACUUUCCGAUCCAGAAGUUCUUGCAGGCGCAGAGCAUCGUGGCGCCGAGCGCGUACAUCUCGACGGCGACGGUGGCUUUGCACCUACUGCUCAGCUGGUUGGCGGUCUACAAGCUCGGGAUGGGCCUCCUGGGGGCAUCCCUGGUGCUCAGCUUGAGCUGGUGGAUCGUGGUGGUGGCUCAGUUUGUGUACAUUGUGAAGAGCCAGAAGUGCCGGUUCACUUGGACCGGGUUCAGCUGGCAGGCCUUCUCCGACCUUCCGGGGUUCCUGAAGCUGUCCAUCGCGUCGGCGGUGAUGCUCUGCCUGGAGACAUGGUACUUCCAGAUCUUGGUGCUCAUUGCCGGCCUUCUGGAUCACCCCGAGCUGGCCCUCGAUUCGCUGACCGUGUGCAUGACGAUCUCUGGAUGGGUGUUCAUGAUCUCAGUUGGGUUCAAUGCUGCUGCCAGUGUGCGUGUGAGCAACGAGCUCGGAGCUGGCAAUCCAAAGUCGGCAGCAUUCUCAGUAAUGGUGGUGACAGCAUUGUCUUGUAUAAUAUCAGUGAUAAUAGCGGUGGUCAUCCUUUGUCUUCGUGACUACCUCAGCUACAUCUUUACUGAAGGGGAGACGGUGGCCCGUGCUGUUUCUGAUCUCACCCCUUUGCUCGCCCUUACCAUCAUCCUUAAUGGAAUCCAACCUGUCUUGUCUGGUGUUGCUGUUGGCUGUGGAUGGCAAGCGUUCGUUGCUUACGUUAAUGUUGGUUGCUAUUAUGUUGUUGGCAUCCCGAUUGGCGUUCUUCUUGGUUUCAAGUUUAACUAUGGAGCAAAGGGAAUAUGGUCAGGUAUGAUUGGAGGAACGUUCAUGCAGACCGUCAUCUUGCUGUGGGUCACUUUCAGGACUGACUGGAACAAAGAGGUGGCUCAAGCCACGAAAAGAUUGGAUAAGUGGCAAGAGACGAAGCAGCCCCUUCUGGCGGAUCAUGAGUAGCAAACUGAUGCUAGAGACUUAUUUCAUUAUAGCUCUUAACCUAUAUCCUGAUCAUAAAGAUGCUCUUGAUGUCCAAUAUACACAUUUGAGGGAGAGUGGAGGAAGGAUGGGACAGCACAAGAAGAUCAAUGUAAUGCAUCCCAAGGAUAUAGUUGCAUAAUUAAUUUGUACUGCAAUUCUUUCAUGUUAACUUGUUUUAUCCAAUUUAGUGUGUCGAAAGCUUUUGAUGUUCCUC